AUAACUUCAUCACAUUCAUUUUUGGGAUUUAUAUAAGUCCAAUUUUUUCCCAUUUUAAGCCACCUUCCAUCACCUAAAAGGAAAAGUAGAAAGAAAAAAAAGGGCUCUUAUUCUUAGUUCCAUGUCUAUAUAUAUACUUACAUAUUUUAAAAAGCAUAAUAUUAUUCCCCUUGCCUCGUUCAAAUUGGCUAUAUUUAACUUUAUGGAUCCUCAACUAAGAAUAUCUAUUGUGAUCUUCUUUUUGCUCUUUGUUGAACUGUAUCCAGCUAGAGUCAACAGUUUGAGGAUAAUUAGUGCGGAUAUAGUAAAACCAUCAACUGAGGUCUCUUUUGAGAUGAAGGGAAGACUGCUUAUGAAAGUUGAUACGGAUGACUACAAAGAAUAUGACUCUAACCACAAGAAUGAUCAAGGGAAAGGGAAGCCCCACGGUUGAACUUAACCUAAUGCUAGUUGGGUUGCUAAUAAUAUGUUAUACUAUAUUUUAAUGGAAUAAAUUAUAAUUCAAGCCAGCACUUACAACUAUAAAAUGCUGAAGAAUCAGAAAUAUAAGAAAAGCUGGCGGCCAACGAUUUCCUUCUGCUACUAGUUUUAAUUUUAUUUCUGCAAUUUUUUAUGUUACAACCAAGUGCUUAAGAUUUGUCUAACAAGAGCAUGAACAAAUUUUGUGUUAAUAGAAUCUUAUGAAAUAAUAUAUUUCUACUCA